AUGGAAGACGACGGCUUCCAACUCGUCUCCCGUGUCCGUCGCCGGAAAUCCCUCCAGCGGCCUACACCCACCCAGCCCAAAAACCCUCCCCAACCCGCAACACCGGGGUUCGCGUACCGUCGGAAUCCCCACGGGAAUGUCGCAGCGGGCAAGGAGAAGAGCGUCGCGAGCGUGGUUGGGGAUGUCGAGCGGUGCAUGACCGCAUUACGUCCGACGCCCUUCGUUCAGGACCUGCUGCGAGACCUUCGGGAAGUGAUCGCCGGGAUCAGGACCGAUAUGGGAACGAUGGAUUGUGUAAGCUACGGCCUGGGCUCGUUCGGGUCGUCGCGGGCGUCGGUGUGGCAGUUUGCGUUGCUGUUGUGCGUUUGGGAGGGGAUGGAGGAUGUGUUUACACCCCCCGAACUCUUCGACCCCGUCUUCACCGACCUCGACAAAGCCGUCGCAGGUCACUACAAGUGUCUCAUCAUCCCCACAAACGAGCGCGGCGCCCGCCCCACAACCCGCCCAACCCUCUUCUACAUGCCGCACUGCGGCCACACGCUCUACGACGCCGUCCUGCGAUCCAACUGGUCCACGCUGCCGGGGGUCGUGAUCAUCGGGAACAGUUUCGCGACGUAUUCGACCCUCCUAUCCUCCACGGCCUCGGGUGGUGGUGGUGGUCACUCCACUAAACGAUCAUCAAGAACGUCGGUGAAGGAUGGCGAAGUGAAGACGGGCAAGAAGGGCACCCGGUACCUCCUCGCGGCCGUCGAGGACGCCAACGUCGUUGAGCGGGCCGUGGGGAGGUGGAAGUUGCAUCCGGAGGUGUUCAACAACACGAGCUUGCAUUCGUUUCGCGGGGUUGGUCGCGUUGUUGGGUGGGAUGAUGCCGAUGCCGAUGACGAUCCUGCCGACCGCGAGGUGGAUGCGGAAGUUGUGUGA